GGCGUGUGUAGGGUCAUGACCUCGCACAUUACGGGCGUGGGCGUGAGGAGCAGCAGCAGUAGCAGCAGCAGAAGCAGUCUUGUGAGCAGUCCCUUCAGCAGUUUGCGCCGCGGGGACACAGGCUUGAGUAGUGGCGGCGGCAGUGGCGGCGGCGGGGGAAAUCAGUUCCGUGCCUCGCGUUGGUGGCUGGACAAGGCGCUGGCAAACAAGCACGCUGCAACUCGUUCCAGCCCAUCGAUUCCUCCCGCAACGAUGUCAACCAUGGAUUACACCUACAACAGAAAUGACAGCCUGAGAACGCUGGACAACAUCCUCUCACACAUUGGCAAUACACCACUAGUGAAGGUCAAUAACAUCCCCAAGAGCUUUGGUCUAAAGUGUGAUGUCUAUGCAAAAUGUGAAUUCUUCAAUGCUGGAGGUAGUGUGAAGGACCGUAUUGCCUUGCGAAUGGUGGAAGAUGCUGAGAAGAAGGGCCUUAUAACUCCAGGGGUGUCUGUCCUUAUUGAGCCAACAUCAGGAAACACAGGUAUUGGUCUGGCACUAUGUGGAGCAGUCAAAGGAUACCGGUGCAUAAUUGUCAUGCCAGAAAAAAUGAGUAAUGAGAAAGUGAAUGUCCUGAGAGCAUUGGGAGCGGAGAUUGUGCGUACCCCAACCUCUGCUUCCUGGGACUCCCCAGAAUCCCACAUUUCAGUCGCCAAGAGAUUAGAAAAAGAAAUACCUGGUGCAAUCAUCCUUGAUCAGUACAAAAAUUCUGGUAACCCAAUGGCUCACUAUGAGGGGACUGCUGAGGAGAUCCUGCAACAGACUGGAGGAAACAUUGACAUGCUUGUUGCUGGGGCAGGCACUGGAGGAACUAUCACUGGCAUUGCAAGAAAGCUGAAGGAGAGAAUCCCAGACUGCAAAAUUGUUGGAGUGGAUCCUGAGGGUUCCAUCCUUGCUGUACCUGAGGAGCUGAAUAAAAGUGAUGUCACUGCUUAUGAGGUUGAGGGCAUUGGCUAUGACUUUAUUCCUAAUGUUCUUGACCGUGAUUUAGUUGAUGUGUGGUUGAAAUCAAAUGACAAAGAAUCAUUGAACAUGGCUCGCCGCAUGAUCAGGGAAGAAGGACUCCUGUGUGGUGGUAGUUGUGGAGCAGCCAUGCAAGCUGCAAUGACAGCAGCAGCAGAACUGGAGACUGGCCAGUGCUGUGUGGUGGUUUUACCAGAUUCAAUCCGUAACUACAUGACCAAGCACUUGUCAGACAAGUGGAUGAUGGAGAGAGACUUUAUCAAAGAAGAUGAAGAUACAAAGAACAAGCACUGGUGGUCAAACAUGAAAGUAUCAACACUGCAUCUUAAUGCACCACUGACAGUUCUGCCAAGCAUUUCUUGCCAAGAUGCCAUUGCCAUCAUGCAGCGAGAGGGAUAUGACCAGCUCCCUGUGGUGGACCAAGAAGGGAUGAUCCAGGGAGUGGUAACUUUAGGUUCACUUAUGGCAAAGAUUUUAUCAGCUAAGAUUGAAGGCUCCAGUCCAGUCCAGCAAUCACUAUACUCACAGUUCCGAAAGAUCAAGCUGGACACAACCCUUGGGAAGCUGUCUCGCAUCUUGGACCGUGACCAUUUUGCUUUGGUUGUCCACACUCAGCGCCUGUGCAGGGCACACCCUGAUAUGGAUAACAGUGUUGUGGAGAAGGAAGUUUGCAUUGGUAUCAUUACUCAGAUUGACCUUCUAACAUGCAUAACAAAACACCAAAGGGACCAGAAGGAAACAACUGAAAAGGAAUAAAAUAUCAUAGAUUUUUACUGCAUUUGGUAUUCUAUUUUUAUUGCCAUAUGUUUGUAAGGGUCAGCACAUUAUAAGCAUUGUCAUUUUACACUUGAUGUUAAUGUUGAAAUAAAGGUCAUGCAUUAUAUUAUUGAUAACAAA